AUGGUAAAGAAGAUAUACCACAAGAAGAAUGUUCAUAGUUGGCGCGACUUAGAUGGCCGAGCAGAACCUCUCCACGCUCGCCCAUGUCCUCUCAAGCCGCCCAACACACCAUCCCAUCUCAUUCCAUCUGCAUCUCACCCAUCCCACCUCACCACACUUGCAUUCCAUCACUACCAUCAUUCCACUGCAUUCACCAUUCUUCAAGUUUUACUAUGCUUGGGGACAAGCAAAGAUCUAAGCCAGAUUUGUAUCCGUCCGUCUGAAGUCUCGGCCAAGAUUCAAAACCGACCGGCCGAUCACAACACGACCCGGGAAACAUUGUCCCGCGGUCGGCCACGCCACAACCGCUCACGCCAGCCGCGCACGACCCGUGCCGCGCGACCGGAGAACAACGCCUCGCGGCCGCGCAACUUCACUCGCAUACCACGCACGAACGCUUGGAGAAACACCUCGCGUCCGGCCGAGAGAACCAUCGACCAUUCCACAAUCCGUCCGACCACACGCCGACCGAGAACAUCCGGCCACGACCGUUCCGGCGCAAACAACCCGACUGUCCGGCCGAUCGUCCCGACCGACCGUCCGAACGCCGCGGUCGACCCGAAGCCGUUUUUGAAGCCCAAUCCGCACAAUUCAAGCCCAAAGCCGGCGCCGACCUAG